AUGCCGCGCUGUUCACAUUCUGUGCAAGAGAAUCUACCAUAUAAUCCGUACUUUAUUAGCAACGAAAAUUAUCAACAAGGACCUCCAGUAACUGUACAACAACCAGCUGCUAAUGUACCUCCGCCUUAUUAUCAGUAUCCACCGGCUAAUUACGGACAACAAAUGCAACCACCUUAUUUUCAACAGCCUUAUGUGCAUCCAGUGCACGCAGUAAAAACACGGAAUAAUGGUUGGUAUUCCCAAACAAAUGGUCGACAAAUUGAUGGCGGUCAAGUGGCUGCAGGUGCGUGUGCUGGUAUAUGUGCCACAUUACUCUGUUGCUGUUUACUCAAUUCUGAUCACUGA